UAUACUAUAAUGCCAAAAGUAUUGGGACACCCCACUAAAUCAUUGGAUUCAGGUAUUUCAAUCACCUCCAUGACCACCUAGGCAUGCAGACUGCUUCUACAAAUAUUUGUGAAAGAAUGGGUCGCUCUCAGGAGCUCAGUGAAUUCAAGCGUAGUACCAUGAUAGGUUUCCACCUGUGCAAUAAGUCCAUCCGUGAAAUUUCCUUGCUGCUAAAUAUUCCACAGUCAACUGUUAGUGGUAUUAUAACAAAGUGGAAGCAACUGCAAACAACAGCAACGCAGCCACAAAGUGGUAGGCCAUGUAAAAUGACAGAGCAGGGUCAGCGCAUACUGAAGUGCACAGUGCGCAGAAGUCGACAACUGUCUACAGAGUCAAUA